AUUGGUCUGAUGUUUUACAUGCAACUCAAUUCUCAAGAGACAAAGCAAAUUAACUUUAAGUAAUGAAAUAUGAAAGAGACUGUUUUAUGUUUUUGUUUAUUUGCCUUUCCAAUUGGAUGGCAUUGUAAUUUACAUAAACAGUCAAGAUCCUCAUAACGAAAAAGGUCUGGAGCAACCAGUAAAGCAACACCGAUAACCGCAGGUGCCACUUCUGCAUUCAGCAAAUCUGAAUUCCAGGACUCUACACACAACGCAUUUUACGAGUAAUUAAAAAAAAUGCAGCAUUUGGCAGUCAUUUGUAUUUUCUUGGCCCUGGGAUGUUCUUGGGGGAUUCCAGCAGAAGCACCACCAUGUUUGUUGGAAAAACCAGGGGACUUUUAUGUCAUAGGGAUGUUUGAAGUUUGCACCUACAUCUAUAAUCUGGAAAUUGACCAGUAUAUGAAUGCCAUUGUAAAUGCCCUUGCAUUUACACUGAACCACAUUCAGAGCGAUUUUUCUGGAUUUACUUUGGGAUACAUGCUCUUCACUUCCUGCGGAGACUGCCUCAGUAAUGUAUAUAACUGCUACCUUGAUGGUAACUGUCUUCUGUAUGAUAUUCCUGUGAUUCUUUAUGUGACACAAGACUCCCUGGACUAUUUAUUUGAAUUUGGAAGUGGAACCACAAAGGUUGUGAUAAAUGAAAGAAUCUUGCCUUCAUUUUUACCAAAUCUGGUCACUUUUAGUCAAGUAGUUGAGUCCUUCUUUGUCCAAAACAAAUGGAACCUUGUGGGAGCUGCUUAUGAAUCAUGCAAUGACUUUGCAGAGUAUGGAAAUCAAAACAGUUCCAAUUAUUGCAAUGACUGGAAGAUUUUAUUCAAUAAUUUUCAAGGAAAUAUAAAUGAAAUCAAGCAGAGCAUUAGGAAAAAUAAAGAUAAUGCCACAUUGUACUUUGGUGACUUAAUGGAUUUUAAAGAGCUAAUUAGUGGGACAGGAGACAUUCAAAAGCCUUUUGUAUACUGCUGUCUGGAAACAUUAGAAGAUUUGGCAGAUGUCAGUAAAAGUCUGAAUGGCACAAUUCUGAUCUACAAAGACAUACGAGUUGAUGAUGGUUUUUAUAGCUACUUUAAGGAAGCCUUCAGAAAUCUGAGCAUCUUUAUCAGUUCUAGCCAAGUAAAUGUUACAGUGACGUGUCAGAAUGACACUAGUGACAACAUUAAAUAUCAUUUAAAGAUUCCAGUUGCAAUGAGAUACGUUUACAGUUUUAUUCGGAUACUUUAUAAAACGGUGAACAAUACAUGCCUAGGAAAAAUGUCUGAGUGCCAAAAUUCAACCACUAAGUUUCAAUCUUUUACACAGAAUGAAACUUCCCUGCUCCAAAAUUAUAUUAAAAUAGCAACUGAAAAUGUUUAUGACUUCAAAAUUUAUAGAGCUGUCACAAAUAAAACAGAUGUGGAUCUAACUUGCUACAACAUCUCUCAAACUGAGAAAUUGCAUUUGUGCGCUACAAGCUGUAACGUGUCACAGAAAAUGACAAUGGUCGGGACCUGUUGUAUGCAUUGUGAGGAUUGCCCAGAAGGGACUUUCAGCAAUGGAACUACUUGCCUGCGUGACACCAUUGUACAUGGUGUUUUGAUCUGCAUCCUGUCCCCAAUAGGCAUCCUCCUUUGUUUUGGUGUUUUUAUUGUCUUUCUAAAAUAUGCCGACACCCCCAUUGUGAAAAGUUCAGGAGGGAGUAUCUUCUACUGCUACUUGACUGGUCUCAUCAUCGCUUUCUCCAGCUCUUUCCUGUUCAUUGGGAAGCCAACAGAUGGUGUAUGUAUGGUAGGCCUGCCUCUGUCUGCACUGGGGUUCGCUCUCUGCCUCUCCAGUAUUCUUUCUAGAUCCAGCCACAUACUGCUUGCCUUUUCCCACAACUCAGAAAAGCCAACCAAGUUCCAGAGGUAUUUCUACAUUGUCAUCAUAGUGAUUGGUACUUUAGGAGAAUUAAUCAUUUGUUGUCUGUGGAUGAGGCUGGAUCCCCUCCAUUUCCAGUUUUUGCCAUAUGGACAGGUAUUUACUAACAUGGGUUGUAAAUGCACUCACCUAUAUUGGUACUUUAUUUGCUUUGGCUACCUUGCUCUUCUGUGUUUGGCUUCAUGGACCCUGGCCAUAAAAAGCCACUCUUUGCCUCCUAGUUUUAGUGAGUCCAGCUCCAUCUCCUUCAGCAUGAUGAUCUUUCUCACCAUCUGGAGCUGCGUAAUCCUUAUAAUUGUGAGCAAAAAUGAAGAGCUGCAAGCAGUCAUUCUUGGGGUGUCCAUAUCCGUGUCUUCCUGGGGUUUCUUGAUUUGCAUUUCUCUACCUAAGGUCUACAUCAUCCUGUUCAGACCAGAAAGAAACAGCCAAAAGUGGAUAAGCUUCAUUACACUAGAGUACUGCCAUGAAGUUGCUUUUAAGGCUGACCUGAAAUUUGAAGCCCAGCGAUCAUCUAUCUCGACAUCAUAUGGUAGUCUGGAAUGAAGUUUCUGCCUCUGCACUCUUUAUAAAAAAAAUGAUUCCCCUGUUACUCUUCUUUUAUUAUGACCUUCAAUUAAUUGAUUCAUAAUUUUCAUUAUGGAUUUUUAUAAUGUGUCAUCCUUGGUUUUCUUGUUUUUUUUUUUUGUUUGAAUCUUCCUACUUCAUUGGUUUUGACAUGUUAUCUUCAUACAAAAAGGCACUCUUCUCCUUGGGUAUUAAUAA